AUGGCCAUGGCAGCACCACCUUCUUGGAACAACAUUUUGUUCGUGUUUCUUCUUCUUGUCUCUACUUUUUUCCAUCUGGGGUCUUCUGCAUUGCAAGAAAACCAUGGCAAUGGGUCUUAUUCAGGCCAAAUCAACUCAAACUCGGUUCUUGUUGCUCUUCUUGACUCACAUUAUACAGAACUGGCUGAACUUGUUGAAAAAGCACUUCUUUUGCAAACCCUUGAGGAUGCUGUUGGUAAACACAAUAUCACAAUCUUUGCUCCAAAAAACGAAGCUCUUGAGCGCGAUCUUGAUCCUGAAUUCAAGCGGUUCUUGCUUGAACCUGGCAAUCUGAAGUCUCUGCAGACUCUUUUGCUUUACCACAUUGUCCCCAGCAGAAUCAAUCUUAGCCACAACUCUUCUCUUCACCACCACAGCACUUUGUGCCGCGACAAAAUCAAACUCAGCGGUCAAGAAUCCGGCGAGAAAUUGAUAGAUUCGGCGAAAAUCAUUCGAGUGAAUGCAGUUGAGAGACCGGAUGGAGUCAUUCAUGGGAUAGAGAGGUUACUAGUCCCACGAUCUGUUCAGCAAGAUUUCAACAAUCGCAGGAGUUUGCAAUCAAUUUCAGCUGUGAAACCAGAAGGAGCGCCGGAGGUUGAUCCAAGAACACACAGGUUGAAGAAACCAGCACCACCAGCAAAAGCCGCCCCAGCUCCAGCUCCUGGCCCAGGUGGACCUCAUCACCAUUUCAAUGGAGAAAAACAAGUCAAAGAUUUCAUUGAAACCCUUCUUUUAUAUGGAGGAUACAAUGAAAUGGCAGAUAUUCUUGUGAAUUUAACAUCAUUGGCAACUGAAAUGGGAAGAUUGGUAUCUGAAGGAUAUGUGCUAACAGUUUUAGCCCCAAAUGAUGAAGCCAUGGCUAAGCUCACUACAGACCAGUUGAGUGAACCAGGAGCACCAGAGCAGAUAAUCUACUACCAUGUGAUACCUGAGUAUCAAACUGAAGAAAGCAUGUACAAUGCUGUUAGAAGAUUUGGAAAAAUUUCUUACGAUACAUUAAGAUUGCCACACAAAGUUGUGGCAGAAGAAGCUGAUGGGUCUGUCAAAUUUGGACAUGCUGAAAAUUCUGCUUAUUUGUUCGAUCCUGAUAUUUACACAGAUGGGAGAAUUUCUGUUCAAGGGAUUGAUGGGGUUUUGUUUCCAUUAGAGGAGAAGGAGAAAUUGGAGACCAGAAAGGAAAUUAAGAGCGUUAAGAAGGUUGCUGUCAAGCCGCAAAGGAGAGGGAAGUUGCUUGAAGUUGCUUGCAGGAUGCUCGGGACAUUUGGGCAAGAUUCACAUUUCACCACAUGCCAGUAA